AUGUCUAAGAACCGCGUGAAGAACGUUGGUUAUGAAGACGAUGACUUCUAUGAUGACGAUGGCUACGAUUCGCCUGAUCCCGAAGAGCAGGAGCACCUGAAGCGGUGCACACAUGAGGUUUCGUCGCAUCUUCGGACGGGACAACCAUCUGUGACUGCCUCGAAAGAGGAGAUCCAAGAGGCGUUAUGGCAUUACUACAACGACGUGGAAAAGACCGUCAACUACUUAAGAGGCAAAAAAGAGAAGGAAGCUCAGAAGGAACAAGCAACAGCUUCUGCAUUAAAGACUAAGGUGCAAGUGUGGGAAAAUAUUCUAACAGGUCUCCCAGUGCCGGUAUAUCCAGCGACUGCGCCUCGUCCAACCUCCCAUUUCUCGGCGGCUGAAUUCUUCCGCGAUUGUCCCUGGCUCAAUGUCCCUGCCCACCGCAAAGCCGAGAUCCUAGUGGAACCACUUUAUCCUCGACUUGGGCUUUUGGGUGGUGCACCGGAAGCCAAGAAGGGCUCUAAACUUGCUGCGUUGGCUGCUGCACGAAAAGCGAAAGCGAGCGGACAGAGCACCCCUGCAUCGGAGUCGUCGGCUUCGCAACCUGAAACUGCACCUGCAGAUAAGCCAAAGCUUUCGUUACAAGAGAGGCUUGCGGCGAGUAGCAGAUCUCCUAAGCCCACUGAAGGCCUCGCAGGCUUACGGCGACUGGGAAAGCCAUCGCCUGCAGUAUCUUCAGCUCCCUCCCCAGCCCCUUCAGAGUCACCUGCGCCUGCACGGGUUGAGGAGACGACUAUCAAACAAGUCGACCUGGGGCCUCCGCCAAAGGCUGAUCUACGAGCGCCAUGUUCUGUCUUCGCCACGGCUCUUAUUGGCAAAGAAACCAGACCAAAAAUCACCGAGCCAAACCAAGGACGACCGAUGAUUGUGAACUUUGAUGAAAUUUAUGGACACCAUACUGAACAUUUUGACUUUUCAGGCCCUAGCCCCGACGAUGUCAUACUCAAAGCUCAAAGCGCAUCUCAAGGGAUGAAGUCGAAGUCGAAGGCCGGUGCCGCGAAGGAUGCCAGCAAGAAAGGCCAAGCUGAUCUUGCCGGUGGGAUGAACAAGCUCUCAGUCGAGGAGAAAGUUACUGUCAAAAGCAAGAACUUGGAUGUCCUUGCUGAAUACAACAAGUCUAAACGGAAGCGAUCUGCGAAUUUUGUGGUGAUUGGGCAUGUCGAUGCCGGAAAGAGUACAUUAAUGGGUCGGUUGUUGGCAGAUCAAGGUGCGAUCGACCAGCGAACAUUGGACCGAUAUCGCAAAGAGGCGGAGAAGAUUGGAAAGGGAUCAUUUGCCCUGGCAUGGGUAUUGGAUCAGGGUUUUGAGGAGCGUGCACGGGGAGUGACGAUUGAUAUUGCGACAAACAAGUUCGAAACCGAGAAUACUGCUUUUACGAUUGUUGACGCACCGGGUCAUCGUGACUUUGUGCCUAACAUGAUUGCUGGUGCUAGCCAGGCAGACUUUGCAGUCUUGGUAAUUGAUUCUAGCGUUGGAAAGUUCGAGUCGGGACUCAAGGGCCAGACUAAAGAGCAUGCUUUGCUUGUUCGCAGCAUGGGAGUUCAGAAGAUCGUGGUGGCUGUCAACAAGAUGGAUACUGUUCAGUGGGACAAGGACCGCUUCGAAGAGAUCGAACAACAAAUUUCAGCUUUCCUGACCACGGCAGGCUUUCAAUCCAAAAAUAUCUCUUUCGUGCCAUGUUCAGGUGUCCUGGGAGACAACAUCAGCCGACGCAGUGAAGGCGCCCAUGGUUCAUGGUACACUGGACGAACUCUGAUUGAAGAGCUGGAAACCUCGGAGCCUUACACUCACGCACUCGAUAAGCCCUUGCGAAUGACUAUUGGUGAUGUUUUCCGUGGUGGUGUUCAAAGUCCGAUUUCAAUCUCGGGUCGUCUGGAUGCAGGCAGUUUACAAGUUGGCGACCAAAUCCUGACCAUGCCCAGUGGUGAGUCGGCAUUAAUUCGCAGUAUCGAGGUUGAUGGAGAACCGAAUGAUUGGGCUGUAGCGGGUCAGAAUGUGGUACUGAAUCUGGCGAAUAUUGAUCCUAUUCACUUGCGCUCCGGUGAUGUCGUCUGUCGCUCAUCGUCGCCAAUUCCUACGAUUACUACAUUUACCGCUAAGGUCCUGGCAUUUGAGCACCUUAUGCCUAUGCUUGUGGAUGUGCACCGUGGUCGUCUUCAUGUACCCGCCCGGAUUAGCAAGCUGGUUGCUUCUCUGGAUAAAGCCUCAGGUGCAACUAUCAAGAAACGACCGAAGAUUGUGUCUCCGGGUACGGUGGUACGCGUGGUUGUUGAGAUGGAUACAGCUGUCCCACUCGAGGCACCUACUCGGGUUGUGUUGCGCACUGGGGGAUCGACUGUGGCUGCCGGGUUAUUGGAAUAG